AUGCAAGAUAUCCUACGAAAAGAGUACUCUCGGGUAACGGAAGCGCGAUGGCAAUGCUGCGAUAGAAGGCAUGGGCGAGAGCUGAACACGCCUUUCUCUACCGAACGCAGCGCACAGCUGGAAGACGACGAGGGCAAGAGCGCCGCAUCGAAACAGAAACCACAGCCAACCAAAUCGAUUGCGCCCGACGCACCCCAGAAAAUGUCAAGCCAACCUCCGCACCCCGCCCUGCUCAUCCCCGGCCCAAUUGAGUUUGACGAUGCGGUCCUGCAGGCUAUGAGCCACUACAGUGAAUCGCACGUCGGCCAACCGUUCGUCAACACCUUCGGCGAAGUCCUGUCCAACCUGCGCAAGCUCUUCCAGACGACGGAUCCCGCCUCGCAGCCCUUCGUCAUCUCCGGCUCCGGCACGCUCGGCUGGGACCAGGUCGCCGCGAACCUCGUCGAACCUGGCGACGAAGCACUCGUCUUACACACCGGAUACUUCGCAGAUUCAUUCGCCGACUGCUUCGAGACAUACGGCGUCAAGGCUACCCAGCUCAAGGCGGAAAUUGGCGACCGGCCGCAGCUCGACGAGGUAGAGAAGGCGCUGACAGAGAAGCAGUACAAGAUUCUGACCGUCACCCAUGUGGAUACAAGCACGGGUGUGCUAAGCGAGAUCAAGGCGCUCAGCGAGCUUGUGCACAGUGUCAGCCCGGGGACGCUGGUCGUUGUGGAUGGUGUAUGCAGUGUGGGAGGUGAAGAGAUUCGGUUCGACGACUGGAAACUCGACGUCGUACUCACGGCAUCGCAGAAAGCGAUCGGCUGCCCAGCUGGUCUAAGCAUCCUCAUGGUGUCCGGCCGUGCGAUUGAGAGGUUUCAGGCGAGGAAGACGAGGCCUACUUCCUACUUUGGCUCGUGGAAGAACUGGUUACCCAUCAUGCAAAAUUACGAAGCGAAGAAAGCGUCCUACUUCGCGACCCCCUCCCCGCAGCUCAUCCACGCUCUCGACACUUCCCUGAAGCAGAUCCUCUCACGGACUCUUGACCAGCGCUUUGCCGAGCACAGGGAGGCAUCUCGGCGAAUCAAGAAGGCAAUCGCAGACCUUGGCCUCAAGCAGCUCGCCACGAAACCUGAGAACCAGGCCAACACCAUGACGGCAAUCUACCUACCCGAAGGUAUUACCCCGCCUGACGUCCUCCCUAGCUUGAUGAAGAAGGGUAUCAUCUUCGCCGGCGGCCUGCACAAGCAGAUUGCGUCCAGGUACAUUCGCUUUGGCCACAUGGGCGUCAGCGUUACGGAUUCGAACAGGACCGAUAUCACCAAGGCUAUUGCCUCACUGAAGGAGUCGCUCGUCGAGGUUGGGUACAAGGCGUAGAUGGAAAGAUACACGAAAGGAAUGUACAUUAGGUGCAUGGGACAGGCCAAGGCUUCUGUGAAAAGGCCGGCUCGCAUUUGAUAGGACGGUGCAUAGACAAAAUAUAGAGAUGGGAUAUGAACCGUUCUCGUAGAACACACAACCACAGCCUCGUAAUGUUCCAAACCUGCAAGACAAAUAUAGAGCCCCAACAGAGAUAGCAGCUUAAAUGCUAUUCGACAACCAGUGUGGGAAUGAUCUAGAAAGUAUAAAAGAAAAAGUAAGAGCCUGCU